CUCUUCGUGUGGGACUUCCACGACACUCCAGUGUGGAGGCAGGAGAGCGGGGCCCCGUAUGCUGCUUGCCCUGCUUGGGAAAGAGGAGGCUGCUGGAAAGGACCGAUCGGCGGGCACGCCAGCCCGGCCCACCCCUCGCCUCCGUGAGCUUCGUCUGUAAAACUGGGUUAAGAGCCUGUCGUGCUGUGGGGGGUUCCCAAGGAAGGGGGAGAUUCCUGUGCUGCGGGGCUGGGGAUAACUGGGGGUGCGGGUUCGUGCAUCCGGAGUCAUGCCGAAUGUCUCCUGCGGGGCCUGGCAGAGUCCCUGCUGACCCGUGUGUCCCAAGAUGUCCUACAGCUUAAAACCACACUCUCCCCUUUGCCACGAACGCCCUGUCCCUUUGGCCGACUCUUCUCAUCCUUUAUGACUCGGUACAGACGUGGGUCAGGCUUCUUAUCGCAGCAUGCUUUGGCCUAGUGUCAGGGUGGCCCUGACCCUGCUCCGGAAGUGUCUGCAGAGCAUCUGUGCCCCCCACCCCUCCUCAGGCCCAGCUGUGUGCAGCUCCUGUCCUACCCAGCACAAGCACCCGACCCGGAUAGCUCCCCGUGUCAGGGUCCUGUUCAUCAAAUGCUUUCCAAUUGCACAGGUCGGGUGCACACCUUACACCUUCACAGAACUCUGAGGGGUGGAAAGGGAGAUUUUACUUGUGUUCCUCAUUCAAUGGACAAGUAUCAGUAUCUGGGUGCCCCUGUGGGCCAGGCAGUGGGACCGGAAGCCAGCAACAUAGAUGGGCCUGGAUCUGAUGUUAGGGGCAUAGAGUGAGUUGUGGGGAGCAGGCAGGGAAGGCCUGAGUGAGAGGCGGGAGGGCUGAGGAGGGGAGGGUGUUGCGCUGCUGAGGGGCCCAGGGCCUGAAGGGGGAGGUCAGAGGUCAGAGGGCCCUGGAGGACAGACUGCCUCUCGAAGCUGUACCCAGAGGCCUGGCUGACUUGAUUGCAGAACCCUGUGAGUGCCAUGUUGUCAGGCCAGGCAAGCAAAGGCAGGGGCCAGGAAGUCGAUAGGGACAAGAGGCAGGCUGCUUCUUAGCCCAAAUAACACUCCUGAGAGGUGGGCACAGGUGAGGUCAGGGAAGCUCAAUGAAGAUGGGCUAGCACCUGGUCCAGGCCACGCACAACCAGCUGACCCCACUGAGCUGGCCUGUUGUCUCCGCUGUGGGAAAAUGCAGGUGUGGGCAGCUGGCAGUGGGUGAAGGUCAGUGCCCUCCCUGCCCCCUCGGGUCACUCUACAACCCCCCAGUCAUUCCCCCAUCUCCUCUGGCCCCUUGGGCCUGCUCUCCACUCCCCUGGCUUCUGCCCCCCAGCACAGAGCAUCCCUGAAGUCCAUGGGUGGAGCCAGGUGAGCUGGGCCGUUGAUGGUGGAGGUGGGAUUUGAACCCAGGACCCUCUGCCCCCUCAUAGCCCUCAAUAUAUUGGGCUUUGGACCACAUGCCUUCUUUCCCAUAGAGCUUUCUACAGGCAGGCAUCCCUCCAGGCCAUGCAGAAACGUCCUGGGCCCCAUUCCCCAGUCUCCUUUGCACAUCGAGCCCCCGCUUUUCAUGGGGAUCAAAGGGCUUGAGUGCCGGCCUGACCCUGGUGCAGUCACUGAGGUCACUGUCUUGCUGGCCUUCUCUGGGUGCUGGGCCUGCUGGGCCUGUCUCUGCCCCUCUUCCUUCUUGCCUGUCUGAUGCAGAGUGACCCAUCCCCUUCAGAGCACUUGCUACUGUGGGGCACCAAGACCCUUCUUCAAGAUGAAAUGGAGUCUCAGAGAAAUGAUGAAAUAAUACGUGAUUCUCCCAGUAGAUGAACUCAUUCUAGGUACUCAGUCAAUCCCUAAGACACAGAAUCCUGAGGUCCAGGCUGCAGGGAGUUUGGCCAGAGGACACCAGGGCUGGCUGUCAUCACAUGUCACAGUGUGGGGCCGGCGCAGCCCUGGGCACGGUGACCCACCUUUCCGCAGCCCCCCCACUCCUCCAGCCUGCGUAGCCCCUCCCCCUCUGGAGCUGCAGCCUCCUCCUCCUCCUCCUCCUCCCCUCUGCUUCAGGCUGCCGGGCUCACUCUGCUGCUGCGUCUGGUCUGGCGUCUGCUGAGAAGAUCCUGUACUGAGGCGAGUGGCGGCUGGGCCUCUUCUACCCUGCUCUGCACCUGUGCCAGAUUGCCAGCUGGCUGAGGGUGGGGGUCUCCACGGUGGUCCCAGCUCCCAAGGAGGCUGCAGAGGUGCUGCACUGAGUGGAUUUGCAGGGCGGUGGCAUGGAGCCUGUCUUCCCCGCCCCAUUCUGGGAGGUUAUCUACGGCAGCCACCUUCAGGGCAACCUGUCCCUCCUCAGUCCCAACCACAGUCUGCUGCCUCCGCAUCUGCUGCUCAAUGCCAGUCACAGCGCCUUCCUGCCCCUCGGGCUCAAGGUCACCAUCGUGGGGCUCUACCUGGCCGUGUGUGUCGGGGGGCUCCUGGGGAACUGCCUCGUCAUGUAUGUCAUCCUCAGGCACACCAAGAUGAAGACAGCCACCAAUAUUUACAUCUUUAACCUGGCCCUGGCAGACACUCUGGUCCUGCUGACGCUGCCCUUCCAGGGCACAGACAUCCUCCUGGGCUUCUGGCCGUUUGGGAAUGCCCUGUGCAAGACAGUCAUCGCCAUUGACUACUACAACAUGUUCACCAGCACCUUCACCCUGACUGCCAUGAGUGUGGAUCGCUACGUAGCCAUCUGCCACCCCAUCCGCGCCCUCGACGUCCGCACAUCCAGCAAAGCCCAGGCUGUCAACGUGGCCAUCUGGGCCCUGGCCUCUGUUGUUGGUGUUCCUGUUGCCAUCAUGGGCUCGGCACAGGUCGAAGAUGAAGAGAUCGAGUGCCUGGUGGAGAUCCCUACCCCACAGGACUACUGGGGCCCUGUGUUUGCCGUCUGCAUCUUCCUCUUCUCCUUCAUCAUCCCCGUGCUCAUCAUCUCCGUCUGCUACAGCCUCAUGAUCCGGAGGCUCCGCGGAGUCCGCCUGCUCUCAGGCUCCCGGGAGAAGGACCGGAACUUGCGACGCAUCACUCGGCUGGUGCUGGUGGUGGUGGCUGUGUUCGUGGGCUGCUGGACGCCUGUCCAGGUCUUUGUGCUGGUCCAAGGGCUGGGAGUGCAGCCAGGCAGCGAGACUGCCGUGGCCAUUCUGCGCUUCUGCACAGCCCUGGGCUACAUCAACAGCUGCCUCAACCCCAUCCUCUAUGCCUUCCUGGAUGAGAACUUCAAGGCCUGCUUCCGCAAGUUCUGCUGUGCCUCUGCCCUGCGCCGGGAGGUACAGGUGUCUGACCGUGUGCGCAGCGUUGCCAAAGAUGUGGCCCUGGCCUGCAAGACCUCUGAGACGGUACCGCGGCCUGCGUGACUAGGCGUGGACCUGCCUAUGGUGCCCGUCAGCCCACAGAGCCCAUCUACGCCCAACACGGAGCUCACACAGGUCACUGCUCUCUAGGCUGACACACCCUGAGCCCUGAGCAUCCAGAGCCUUGGAUGGGCUUUUCCCUGUGGGCCAGGGACACUUGGUCCCAGAGGAGGACCUAGUGACAUCAUGGGACAGGUCAGAGCAUUAGGGCUACCUCCAUGGCCCCAGACAGACUAAAGCUGCCCUCCUGCUGCAGGGCUGAGGUGACACAAAGACCUACCUGGAAGCAGCUGCCGUGCUGCUGGAUGGCCGUGACUGGAGCCUGUGCCCCUCCCUGCCCGUGCUUCACGUGACUCUUGGCCUCUCUGCUGCUGUGUUGGCAGAACCCUGGGUGGGAGCACACCCGGAGGAGGAGCAGCGGCUGUGUCAUCCUGUGCACCCUGCGUGCUGUGUGCUGUUUGCAUGGCAGGGCUCCAGCUGCCUUCAGCCCUGGGACGUCUCCUCAGGGCAGCUGGACAGGUUUGGCACUGCCCGGGAAGUCCAACAGGCAGCUUUUCUUUGGGGUGGGACUUGCCCUGAGCUUGGAGCUGCCACCAGGAGGACUUGCCUGUUCUGACUCCACCUGUGCAGCCAGGGCCACCCCAGGAGAGUGUCCAGGUGGGCUGGCCGUCCUUGGCUGCAGACCCCGAGCUGGUCCUGGGCCAGCCACACCUCUGAAGGUUUCCUGUGUGCUGCACGGUGCAGGCCUCAUCCCUGACUGCAGCUUGGCUCUGGGUCCAAUCCCCAUUUCCCUUCAGGAGACCAACGGGAGGCCCUGGCCCAUUCCCUCCAGCAGUGCAAUGAACUGUCACGCUGUGGACCGUCAACCGAGCUCUGCUCCUCGGUGUGUGGCGGGUGUCUCGGGGGGAAGACGCCGCGUGACCACAUGGGCGGCUCUGUUGUUCACAAAGUAGAGGCCUCAUUUUCCUGGUCUUGACUGCUGUUUGGAGCAGGGUGGGAGAAGAUUCUCUGGGGGUCUCCACAUCCUCCCAGGGGGUCUCCACAUUCUCCCAGGGCUCCCCUCACAGCCUCUCCUUUGCUUGAAGCCGGAGGUCAGUGGCCGUGCAGUAUUUUGGGGAAGCUGUGUUGCGGGGCAAGCUGUGUGGAAGGAGAAGCCGGUGACCACAGCGGAGUCCUGCUCUGAUGACGCCUGCUUCAUUUACAAGCCUCAAGAUGGCUCUGCGUAGGGCCUGAACUUGCUGCCCGACGAGAGGAUAGCUUCACAGCAGAGCCAGCAUGAGGGGUGGGGCUUGCCAGGGCUUGCUUGAGCCAAACUUUAAGCGCUGUGGUGGCUACGAGAACACUGGGGGGUGGGAGGGGGUCUCUGUACCUCAGGGGAUGCCCUGCUGUGGUCAACCAGAGAAUCACCGUUCCUGGUCUACAGAUGGAAGCUGCAGGUUGGUGACUUUGCAAAUGCACUUCCUACAGACGAACUAUUAAAAGACCUGCAACAUUGAAAAAACUCAUUUUUUCCAUCAAGACUUUGGCCAGGUAACCUUAGGCUCCUGCCAAGAACAGUAAGUGAUGGCCAUCUCGCCACAGAGCCUGGGCUGCUCCUCCAGCUCUGGGGAGUCUAGGCCGUGGGGACUGUCCCUGGGGAGGCCCAUGCUGUCUCCGUGACAUCUGUGGCAGGAGUCUCUGAGAAUGGGAGCUGCCUAGCUACGGUGUUUUCUUGCCAAGGCUAAGUGUUUUGUGACUCUGUGCUGACGUAAUGUGCAUCUUCACGUAUUUAUGCAUGUGGCAAGCGUUACUUCCUGUGCACGCAGCCAGCCCUGGGUCUGUCUCUGGGGUAAUGAAAAAGGACCCUAAUAAACACCUGCUCACUGGCUGGGUACUCUUCAUAA